CCCUUGUCCACUUAUUUAAUUGAAUCUUCCCUAUCUCAAGCUCGUAACUCUUCUUGCAAGGAGGAAGUAACCUUGAAAAGCUGGGUUGUAGAUUGUUUUGUAUGCUAAUAACCUUGGAAAGUAUGAAGAGAACAGAAGUAGUAAACAUGAAGAUGAAAGUAAAGAGUUCACUCUAUUAUUAUUUUUUAUUUCUCUUGCGGUUGCUAGCUAAACUAGAAUUCUAUCAAAUAGAAAGGGAUGCGUGUUAUUAUUCUCAUCUGUCCUUUUAUAAUUGUUUGUAGCCUUUUCUCCUGAAGUUAUACGUUAGAUAAUACUUUGUCUUUUAACUUUUUUCCUUGACUUGAG